CGCAAUAAAGGGAAGCGUGGAAGAAUCACGAAGGGCUAGCACUGAGCAUUAAGCUAGCUCUGGGUGGUUUAGGACUUUGUAUAUGAUUGUGGCAACACCACAGCUUGCACAAUGAGGCUAAAAAUCGGAUUUAUCCUCCGGAGUUUAUUAGUAAUCGGCACAUUUUUGGGGCUGGUGUUGCUCUGGUCCUCUCUGUCUCCAAAACCGGGGGAUGAAACCCCCUUCGGCAAAUUCGAAGCAAGAGACGCCCCGAACCCCGUCCCGAACCUUCCGAACGACGGCGGGGAUCAGUUCAAGGCCGUGGUGCCUUGGCCUCACGUAGAAGGAGUGGAGGUAGACCUGGAGGCCAUCAGGCAGAGGAACGGAGGAGACAAGCCCAACCUGAAGCUCAGACCUCAGGACCAGCAGAACAUCAUUCAGAAGCAGUACGUCACGUUUAAACCCCACACUAAUAUCUACUCGGACCCGGUUCUGCGCAGAGGGAGCCCGGGCAACUUCGAGCCCAAAGAGCCGGAGCCUCCAGGAGUCCCCGGAGGGCCGGGAGAGAGCAGCAAGCCGUUCGUUCUGGGACCCGAAUAUAAAGACUCGGUGCAGGACAGCAUUAAGGAGUUCGGAUUCAACAUGGUGGCCAGCGACAUGAUCUCACUGGACAGGAGCAUCAGUGACUUACGGCAUGAAGAGUGUAGAUAUUGGCACUACGAUGAGAACCUGUUGACCGGGAGUGUGGUGAUCGUGUUCCAUAACGAGGGCUGGUCCACUCUGAUGAGGACCGUACACAGCGUCAUCAAGAGGACGCCCCCCAAAUACCUCGCCGAGAUCGUCAUGAUCGACGACUUCAGCAACAAAGAGCACCUGAAGGGGAGGUUGGAGGAAUACAUUAAGCAGUGGAACGGCCUGGUCAAGCUCUUCCGCAAUGAAAAGAGAGAAGGAUUGAUCCAAGCUAGGAGCAUAGGAGCUCGCAAAGCCACUCUAGGACAGGUGUUAAUCUACCUAGAUGCUCAUUGCGAAGUGGGGAUAAACUGGUACGCUGCACUUGUGGCCCCCAUAUCCAAAGACCGAACGGUUUGCACAGUGCCUCUGAUAGAUUACAUAGACGGCAAUGAUUAUACGAUAGAGCCUCAGCAGGGCGGGGACGAGGACGGCCUGGCGCGAGGAGCCUGGGACUGGAGUCUGCUGUGGAAAAGAGUUCCGCUGAACAGCAAGGAGAAGAAGAAGAGAAAACAAAAGACCGAGCCUUAUCGCUCUCCUGCGAUGGCUGGUGGGCUGUUUGCAAUAGAACGAGAUUUCUUCUUCGAGCUGGGCCUUUAUGACCCUGGUCUCCAGAUCUGGGGUGGAGAGAAUUUCGAGAUAUCUUACAAGAUCUGGCAGUGUGGAGGGCAGCUACUGUUUACUCCCUGCUCUCGUGUGGGACACAUCUACCGUCUGAAGGGGUGGUCCGGAAACCCGCCCCCUGCUCAUGUAGGCUCCUCCCCCACACUUAAGAACUACGUGCGGGUGGUGGAGGUGUGGUGGGACGAGUAUAAGGAUUAUUUCUACGCCAGCCGACCCGAGACGCUCACCCUGGCUUACGGAGACAUCAGCCCUCUGAAGAAGUUCAGAGAAGAGCAUCGCUGCAAGAGCUUCAAGUGGUUCAUGGAGGAGGUCGCCUACGACAUCCCCAUCCACUACCCGCUGCCUCCGAAAAACGUGGAGUGGGGCGAGAUCCGUGGAUAUGAAACGAGUUACUGCAUUGACAGCAUGGGACACACCAACGGGGGAAAUGUGGAGAUCGGACCGUGCCACAGGAUGGGGGGGAAUCAGCUGUUCCGAAUAAACGAUGCGAAUCAGCUGAUGCAGUAUGACCAGUGCCUGACGAAGGGCUCGGACAACACCGUCAUCAUCACACACUGCAACCUGAAGGAAUUCACUGAGUGGAGGUACUUUAAGGAUCUGCACCGGUUCACACACACCCCCACAGGAAAAUGCUUAGACCGCUCGGACGUCUUGCACACGGUCUUCAUCUCCGACUGUGACCAUAGCAAGAGCAGUCAGAAAUGGGAAAUGAACAACAUCGUGGCCGUGUGAAGCCGACGCCGACGCCGAGGACGUCGCAGAUACAGAACUCGAAUCUCACUGACCUUCUCACUGACCUUCUCCUGCACCAGGGGUUAACAGUGUAAAUACCGCUGAUGGGAAAACUUUCCAUAUUUUUAUGUCAUCUCCAGUAACGAUAUUGCCAUCUUUAUUUUUAUAUGUAGAUAUUUUACUCCAUGGUGGAUGAUGUUUACAGGUGUUCAGCCUUCAGUGUUGUAAGAAGAUGCACACAAGUGAAGAUGACUGACAUAAUACCACUGUUUUUAAUUCCUCACUGCAACGUUAGACCGCUUCUUCGCUUUCUAUUCUACUCCGUGAGAACACUGGGCAUUUUUUAGGGUUUUUUUUUUUUCCUUUUUUUUUUUUUUUCCUUCUUCCAGAGAUCUCGUCACUCCAAUAUUCUGUUUUUUUUUUUUUUUUUUUUUCUUCACGACUUUAAAUCUGACUGCUGCUUUUUGUUCUGAUUUUACGAGGAAAAUCGGGGGACGGUGAAUAUAAUAAUACGGAAAGGGCUUACCAGGCUGAGGGGUAAUCAUGAAAAAUAAGGGGAUAUAUUUAUUUAUUUUUAUUUUUGAAAUAUUGCAUCGAUGUCUGCUUGGAAACAGGAAUGUUUAAUAAUAAUUAUGUGUGUGAAAUAUUUUGAUUUAAACGUAAGGCAAAUCACUGGAUAAGCGCUGUCCGUGGUGAAGGGCAUGUGACACGAGCAGAGAAAAAAAACAACCAUGUGCGCUAUUUUUUUGUACAAUGUAAAUACGAGCGUUUCUAAUUGAACAUUUUGAGAUGCAGCGGGCCUCGUAAUGAAGGUGUACAUAUCUAACGUGUAAAAUGAUCAGCACUGUUUUGGCAAGAGAAUAAAUCGAACCUUUUUACCACUCGUCGUGUAAAUAGAUACGGGUCCGUUAUUGGGACGGACUCGGAUUUUAAGUAAGUGGGAAUGAAUGCUUAAUGGGGCAGUGCUUCCGGUCCGAAUGUUUGACACGCCUACUGGAAUAACAGCUAAUUAAUAGCGGUUAUAGAGCCAGGGUCACCUUCCAGUACAAUUAAGAUGUUUCAGUUGAAUUUAAUAUGUACAUUUAAUAUGUAUUUAGUUAUUAGCAUGUUCACCUCACGCCUCCAGGGUGUGGGGGUUUGAAUCCUGCCGCAGUCCUGUGUGUGUGUGUGUGUGUGUGUGUGUGUGUGUGUGUGUGUGUGUGUGUGUGUGUGCGCAGAGUUUGCAUGUUCUCCCCGUGCUGCGGGGGUUUCCUCUGGGUACUCCGGUUUCCUCCCCCAGUCCAAAGACAUGCAUGAUAGUCUGAUUGGCGUGUCUAAAGUGUCCGUAGUGUAUGAAUGGGUGUGUGAGUGUGUAUGUGAUUGUGCCCUGCGAUGGAUUGGCACUCUGUCCAGGGUGUACCCCGCCUUGUGCCCCAUGCUCCCUGGGAUAGGCUCCAGGUUUCCCUUGACCCUGAAAAGGAUAAGCGGUGUAGAAGAUGGAUGGAUGUUCAUUUUCUUAUAUAUUAAUUUUACGGACCCAGAGCCUUAACCGCUAAGCCACCACUGCCCCCGGUAUAUAUUUGAAGUGUGGACACUUUCUGGCAUAUAUAGCGCCUUUUUUAACCACCCCCCCCCCCUCCCUUUUUUUUUUUCUCUUUUCUACAAAGAGCUUUACACUGUAUCUCAUUCACAUUCUCACUCUCACACACACACUAAUGGCAGCUCUGCAAUGCAAGGCGCUAGGCUGCGAUCCAGAGCAACUUUGGGGUUCAGUGUCCUGCCCAAGGACACUUCGGUAUGUGGAGUCAUGUGGGAUGGGAAUCAAACCACCAACCCUACGAUUAGUGGACGACCCGCUCUACCACCUGAUCCACAGCCGCCCCUUUCUCAGUUAAUAUUGCCCACAACCCCCUGCACCAGGGAGGGGGAGUUUUGUGACCGUUUGCGAGUGAGUGUAACAGACACGGUGGACGAGUGUGACAGUGGUGUAAGUGUAAGACCUGAAAUGUUAAGCACUAAUCAAAUGGUUGGAUGUUGCAUAACACGUUUAUCUUGCAGGGUCGAAGAGAUGGAUGAAGACGAAGAGCCCGAGCAGCAUGUUCUCUUCUGUUACAUGACGUCUUAGAAUGUCCCAGUACUUGUAUACUCUUUUUGUGAACGGAAAAAUACAUAGAGUGCAGAAUGUGAAGAAGGGGAAAGGAAGAAAAAAAACAAGAGUACGUACUUUUAGUGUAAGAAGGCGAAUUGGGAUGCAGCACAUCUUUAUGGAAGGCUCAUAUAUGGGUGUGAUGGUCAGAUGUCCGCAAACUUUUGAGCAUGCAGUGUACAUAGAGUAGGUAAGAAUAUCUCUGAAGGUUUCUCGUACAGCUUCAGAAGCACCGUUCUCUAACACACCUGCUGAAGGAGGUCUGUACUGCUGAGAGCAAUCCAGUGUUCAGAUAGUAUCUGGUCAGAAGGCAUAGCUUUUUAUUAUUUCUGAACAUAUUUUUCUGAAGAAAUUAUUUAUUGCUAAAGAAAAUCAGCGCUUCAUUCAAUUUGGCUUCAUUUAUAGGGUUCUUCGAGUGCUCCUCUGGAGGGGGAUCCCUAAAGGUUUUAUAUAAGAAGCCCAAGAACUGGUAGCUCGGUGUUUAAGACUUGGACAAUUGAUCGGAAAGUUGAGAGUUCAAAUCGCAGCACCACCAAGCUGCCACUGCUGGGCCCUUGACCCUCAACUGCUCAGUUGUGUAUAAAAUGAGGUAAAAUGUAAAUCACUCUGGAUUAAGGGCAUCUGUCAAAUGCUGUAAAUGGAAGAACUCACCAUCUUUUUUUUUUUUCCCUAAGAGUGUACAUGAGUACUAGAGUUAUUGAAGAUUGGAUUCAAGUGAGCAGUCAAAAAGUCCUGUAAUUUAACUCGUAUAAAUAUAACUUUUUAAAUAUAUAUUUUGUAAACUGUGGAGUCCCUGGUUAUGCUUUUUGCAUACCUCCAAUCCCUAGACCCCCACUUCAAGAACUACGGGGUACGGUCUAGUCAACUAGGUCAACUUGAGAAUGGCAUUGCAUAUAACUUUAUCAAAUACUGCAUUAGGAGUGGUUUCAUGUAGAUUUCCCAGACCUGGUCCUGGAGAACCCUCUGCCUGCACACACUAAUAUUUCCCCACAUGGAGGUUUCAGUUGU